GUAUUUUCAAAGCUGAAGAAAAAAAAAUAGCGGAGAGGGACGAAGAAAAAUUAAGAAAAUAGUCUACUAUAUUUGUGCUAUAGCAAAUAAAAUAAUUAAUUUGUGUGUCGGCAAUUAAAAGCAGCAAAAUAACCAAGUUUAAUAUUCGCCUAGACACCAUAAUGUCGAAGAACAAAAAAAUGUCGCUAUCGGGCGGCGAUGCGACAGAAAAAUUUAUUUACAAACCCAAGGAUUUGAUAUGGGCCAAAAUGAAGGGCUUCACACCGUGGCCAGGCAUGAUUGUAGAGCCGCCUCUGGACCUGCUCAGCCAGCAGCGACGUGCGAAUACCAAGUGCGUGUUCUUCUUUGGCUCGAGAAAUUUUGCAUGGAUCGAAGAGAACAAUAUCAAACCGUUUGAGGGACCCUGGAAGGAUGAACUGGCCAAAGUUAGCAAGCCUGCAGCCUUUCGGCAUGCAAUGGCAGACAUUGACAAAUACAUUGACGAUCCGGCCGAGGUGGACGAUCAGAUAAACGAGAGCUGUGGUAUGCCCAAUCAUGCCACGGAGGCUGAUUUCGAUAAGAUACGAGAUGCCGUCGAUAGUGAUGAGAAUCCCAUGGACACGGAUGCCGAUGCCAACAAUGGUGUCGUCGUUCAUGUUGUCGGCAGCCCGGAUGUGGAAGGUUCCGAAGUCGUUGAAGCCGGGGAAAAUAAUGCAGAUUCUUCAGCCUCACCUACCGUUACUGUUGCGACGCCAGCGACAACGAAAUCGCCGGGCAAACGGACACCCAAGGCAAAGUCGGUGUCUGCCGCGGUGUCUGCGACCAAGGCAGCAAAAGCUUCCACCACAAAAUCCGCACAGAAACGGCGAAUUUCUGCACAUCAGACGCCGACUGGGGCAAAUGCAAGUGGAGCACCGAGCGCUAAACGGGGCAAGCGUGUCGUGUCGGGAGGCGCUGCCGCUAGCAACUUUGAUGGAGCAAGUUCGUCAUCACCUACCGCCCGCCGUCGCGUUGAAGUAGAUGCGCUGUUGGCAUCAUUAGCUGCGAAGCGUGCACCCAAUGCGAUUGCCUUGUUGGAUCGUCCAGUGGUUACGCGGCCUGAGACACAGGCCAUCGACAUGAACUCGCGAUCCAAUACAUUGGCCGAUCGUGACAUUGUGCCGUCGGACUUGACAUUUGGCUUCCUUGGGCUGGGCAUGAUGGGUUCGACUAUUGUAAAGGAUUUGAUAUACACAGGGCACAAGGUAGUGGUCUGGAACCGCACUAUCGACAAGUGCCAGCCAUUUGUCGAAGCCGGUGCCGAAGUUAAAGACACGCCCAUGGAUGUGGUGGAGGCGGCUGACAUAAUCUUCUGCUGUGUUUCGGACCCGAAAGGCGCCAAGGAUCUAGUUUUUGGCAACUGCGGCGUGCUGCAGCUGAAGGAUCUACGCAAUAAGGCGUACGUGGAAAUGUCCACAGUGGAUCCAGACACUUCCCUGGAUAUUGGAGAGGGCAUCAAGCAAUGCAAUGGACGUUACCUGGAGGCACAAAUCCAUGGCUCGCGUCAGGAGGCUGCCGAGGGUAUGCUCAUCAUACUGGCCGGUGGCGAUCGCACGGUAUUUGAAGAGUGCCACUCCUGCUUCAAGACCAUAGCGAAGAACACCUUCUUUUUGGGUACAGAUGUCGGUAAUGCCUGUAAAGUGAACCUGAUUUUGCAGACCAUACAGGCUGUGAGCCUGGUAGGACUUGCUGAAGCGUUAGCACUGGCUGAUCGCUUUUCCAUUUCGUUAAACGAUAUCAUAGACAUUUUCGACUUGACUUCAAUGAAAUCCCCGCUGCUGCUGGCUAAGGGCAAGGAAAUGGCCAAGGGUGACUUCAAUCCGCAGCAGCCUUUAAGUCACAUGCAACGUGACUUGCGUCUAGUGCUGAAUAUGGCAGAGAAUCUGGAUCAAUCGAUGCCUGUCACGAGCAUUACGAAUGAGGUGUUCAAGCAUACCAAGCGCUUGGGCUACAGUGAACACGACUCGAGCGCCGUAUUCCGUUACUGCUAUGCAGAUCAAAGUCUCAAGAAAUAUUGCAAGCCGAUCAAGAUACAGAGCCCAGAGCCUAGAGCUGCACGCUGGCCAGAGUGGUUAGCUAGAGGCGAAGUGUUCAAGAGGAAUACCUUUGGCAACUUACAUUUUGACAGAUCUACCAGCCACAUUCAAAAAUUGUACCGUUUUUGUGGGUUUGUGUGUUGUAUCUUUUUACUUGGUUUCUUUUGAACCGCGUGCUGGUUAUGCGACGUUGCCCCCAGCAUUGAAUGAAUUGAAAGCCCAAGGAACAUGAAGCACUUUGUAUUUUAGGGCGACUGUAUUUGAAUGUUAUGUAUGUGCAUGUUGCUUCCCCCACAAAUAAAAAUAAAGUAAUGCAUACAUCAUUUUAAAUGUAUAGAAAUAUCACAACAUGCGAAUAAACUGUACAAAAAAAUACUUGAAAACACACAAAUUUUUGACUGUAGUAUACCGUACCGAACCCCGAACACCCUCCCUCCCGGCUGAAGGAGAUAGCCCCUUCGUUUUUAACCACUUAUUUAUGCAUUUAUUCAAUCAUUUUUAACCUUUUAUUUUUUGUGUAAACAUAACCCUUUGGUUCCCCCGGCACAAGCAAAACACAUUUUAACUUUUUUGUCAUAGAAUAAAUAGUAAGCAAAACGAGUAAUAAAUACCGCGCAUGGGCGUUGGCCAAGGACAGUUUAGUAGUUAGUUGUCUCCUUUAUAAUAAUAAUAAAUAAAAACCGAAACCUAA